AUGCCCCUCGCGCACCAAAAGUUUACGGAGGGUAAUUUACGCAACUUCGAGCAAACUUUCUGCAUCCUCUUGGCUGUUAUUCUCUUCGGAGUCAAUGCACUAUUUUGGGGUUCAGCUAUACUCAGAAUUUCUUAUUGUUUGAAAGUUAAGCUAGGUUUGAGUACAUCCCUCACAGAAUGGACGCCACACGAUGUUCCUUGGAGACGUAUCAAGAUCGUAACUUCUAAGCUUGUUUCGCUCCUCUUGUGGAUUAUAUUUUUUAUGCUUACUCUUUGUAUCCCGGCGGUACUUAUCAUCGGGCCGGGGCAUUUCUGGAAAUACAAAAUGGACGGCACAUGCAAUGGCUUCGAUACACGUAUCAAGCUCUCCGAACCAUAUGCUCGUUACUUCGGUCUUGAAAACAAAACACUACCACGUACGAGGUUUGUCUCUCCUCAUUUUAUGCAAACUCCAGGUCGAUAUACAUAUCCCUCAUCCGAUGAUUACGAAUCCUACCCAUCCGGGAUCGACCUCUUCAACAUCAUCAAAGUAAACGCAACGACACCAGCCAACAACUCAUCCACAACACUCAAGCCCUUCGAAGAAUACUGGCGCAUAAUGGGAAUCUACGGCGACAACCCACUCCAUCUAGAUUUCGACCUUGAGCACCACUCCUGGCGCAUGAGCAAAGGCAGCAUCGUCAUCGACCCCGAGGACCCCAGUUCCUCAUUCUACCCCGGUCGUCUAUACAGAAAAUUACUCCCGCAACACUUUUACAACCCCGAUCUCACCAGCGAUCUAACGCCCAAUUUUGAAACCGCAAUUCAGAAUCUUACACAAGUACGUAAUGGAACAUGGACACUUACGCACGCCAAAGGACAAGAUACCCAAUUCCCAGAAUUAGGAUUGGUGAUUCCGAAAUGGUGGUUAUUCGAUAAACAUUGCGCGUAUCAAAGUUUCAUGCGAGUUUUCAGGGAGAAUGUCGGUGCGGGAGGAAGAACUAAAGAUGGGAUUUACAGAAAUUGGGAAAGGGGUAGUGUGAGGGAAGAAGUGAUGAGAACGAUGAGUUAUGGCUAUGGAGGUCAUGAUGGAUUGGAAGUUUGCGCGAGGAGGAAUGAAUAUACGUGGAAAAGUAAAGGGGUAGAGGGGAGAGAAGAGGGAUUGGGAGAGGAUCUUUUGGUGCCCUUGGGUUUGAUGGCUGUGGUUAGGAAACGGAUGAGAGAUGAACAGAGGAAGUUGGAGUUUUGUCCGUGGCCUGAACAUUGA